UUCAAGAGUGAAAAUAAAUUUUAUAGUUUUUCUAUUUAAAACUCUAUUUUCGAGUGUACGAGUAGCAUUUCCCUUUUAUAAGAAAGUUUUGGUUUCUGAAUUUUCAGAUUUGUUAUAUUUUAAUUCCUAAUUUUGAAAAAUAAAAUCUAAUUUUUUAAAUAAAGUAAAUUCUCUAUAGGAUAACUCAUACCUCACCUUAGAAAGAAGCCAACCAAAGCCAACGCACGCUUUGAUGGAAGUGGCCGUUAAUAGUUAUAACUAACGACCCAUCGUGCGGUUGACCGUUGGGCUCGCCGCUUUGAGAUGCGUGCCAGCUCUAGGAGCCAACGAGGUUAAGGGGUCAAAAAAGAAAAAGAAAAAGGAAAAAGCUUAAUUUCUCCAUUGGAAUAGAAGGGGAGGAUAAAAUUAUCUCCCUACUAUUAAAUCCUUUCAUUUUUAUUUUGGAGCCCUUUUGUUUAGUUGGUAAUAAUAAUUAAGAGAACGAAGGAGGGAUUCAAAUUCAUAUAAGCAGAAACAAACUGUAAGCUUUAAGAAAAGAAUGGAGGAGCGAAGGCGCGAACUCGACAGCCAAUGGUGCUCUCCAGCUGCCCCGCCAUUUCCGGUUCUGACGGCCAGACGAUGCAGCACUUCUAUCAAGCAAUCAGCUGCAUGUAGCUGCUGCAUGGCGGCAGAAUCAGCGAGGGAAAUGUGGGACAGACUAUUCUUCGAGGCCUACGGGGCGGACGCCUUCGUCUGCACCAACGACGGCGUUAUUCCCGUCCACGCCAGCAUUCUCGGCAUGGCUUCUCCAGUGAUAAAGAGCAUGCUGAAGCAGUCGAAGAAAAGCCGAGAAGGCCGUCGGAAAGCCAUCUCAAUUCGAGGCGUACCGCACGACGCGGUUCGCGUGUUUCUCCGCUUCCUUUACUCGUCGUGCUAUGAGCAAGAAGAAAUGAACCAAUUUGUACUCCACUUGCUGGUUCUGUCGCACGUCUUCGCCGUCACUUCGCUGAAGAAACUAUGUGUGGGGCAGUUGGAGAAGGGUGUGCUGAGCGCAGAGAACGUGGUCGAUAUCUUUCAGCUCGCGCGGCUCUGCGACGCCCCGCGCCUGUCCCUCAUAUGCCAUCGCGCGAUCGUGAAGAACUUCAAGUUGGUCUCUUUGUCAGAAGGGUGGAAGGUGAUGAGACAGAGUGAUCCCAGGCUCGAAAAGGAGCUAAUUGAGUCGGUCAUCGACGCUGACUCGAGGAAGAACGAGAAGCUAAAGAAGUUGGAGGAGAGGAAGAUAUAUCUGCAGCUGAAUGAGGCAAUGGAGGCGCUCGUCCACAUAUGCAGGGACGGGUGCAGGACAAUAGGACCACAUGACAAGGUUCUGAAGCGGAGCGCGGCCCCCUGCAACUUCCCGGCCUGCAAAGGAUUGGAGGCGCUCGUUCGCCACUUUGCAGGCUGCAAAAAUCGAGUUCUCGGAGGCUGCACUCACUGCAAAAGGAUGUGGCAGCUGCUCGAGCUGCACUCGCGCCUGUGCUCGCAGGCACAUAGCUGCAAGGUCCCGCUUUGCAGGCAUUUUAAGGACAAACUGAGGCACCAGAACAAGAAGGAUGAGGUGAAGUGGAAGCUUUUGGUGAGUAAAGUGCUUGAAGCAAAGAGCUUAUCCGCGCCAUCCUCUCUUCUGACAACGGUUUCCGUCUGCGUCUAGUUGUGUACUUGUGUACUCGUACAACUUCUCCACUGUUGUAAAAUAUUGUAAAUGAUAAUUCCAGUGAAGGAAUUGUAAAGCGGGAGUGAUGGAUUCCCAGUAAGCACUGUUACAUGUAAUUAACAGACAAAUGAAACUUUUCUUCGAAAUUCCCGAUUUGGACUCAAAUUUGCUGCAUUUAUCCCCUUGUCAGAGCCUUAAUUUGAACGAAUUCAAGGUCGUAUCGAGUCCGAGCUGUUUCUUCUUGAUAUCUUGGGGUUGGUUAUUUAAUUUAUGACAAAUCAUUCUGUGUGUUCGCCGUUACCUUCUCGACUGUAGU